AUGGCUCAAAAUCAAUGGUCACGGCUGUUUCAAAACCAGUCAGUUGCUUCUACCGUUGGAGUUACUAUAGCUACCACCGGGCUUUUAGGAGUAGCCUUGUUGGCAGUAUCGAUAGUUUUCUAUCGCUUAUUACUGCAUCCCUAUAGCAAAUACCCAGGUCCCAUCAUCUCCAGGGUGUCUGGACUCCCGGUUCUUUACCACGCGUGGAAAGGCGACUUUCAUCAUUAUCUCUACUGCCUUCAUUAUAAAUACGGAGAGAAGGUUCGCUAUUCACCAAACAAGUUGUCAAUCAAUAAUGUCCAGGCUCUCAACGAGAUAUAUGGUUUCAACAAGAAUGUCUCAAAGCCGGAAGAGUUCUACUCGGCCUUCAGGGUCAACCCGCACGCAAGAAAUGUUUUCAAUACCCCUCACAAGGAGGAGCACCGUAGAAAGCGCCGUAUCAUGAGCAAGGCCUUCUCCGCCAAAGCUCUUCCCAAUUAUGCAUAUUUCAUAUCUUCCAAAGUGGAAGAAUUAUCUACCAAACUCAAUGGCGGACACGCUUUCGGUGCGGAGAAUUCCUGGAGAACCUUCAAUAUGGCUGACGAGUUCAACUACCUCAUGCUUGAUAUUAUGGGCGGUCUUUGCUUUGGCGAGGCCUUUGGAUUCAUUGCGGGUAAGGGGAUCGAGACCAUGGCUAAUGUUCACAAUCGUGCCGUUCGCAUCUACAUGACAGGCCAAGAGCCUCUCCUGAAACGGCUAUCGCUUGAUCGGAUCUUUUUCCCGCACCUUUUCAAGGCGACAAACGCGUUGGGUCAAUACACGCGGUUUUAUACCCAGAAACGGAUCCAGAGCAACGCUGUUGCUUUGAAAAACGAUCAACCGGUAGAUGAGGAACAAUUUGACGAUAUCCUGGGCCAUCUUAUCAAUGCCAAGGAUGAUGAGAGCGGGAGUGUUUACAGCGAGAACGAGCUGCUCGGCGAAGCAACCUUACUCAUGAUGGCCGGAUCCGAUACGUCAACGACGGCAAUCAAUAGCACCCUGUUCUAUCUUGCGAACCAUCCUCGCAUUGUCGAGAAGCUGGAAGGAGAGUUGAAAAGGUGUUUUCCACGCCUCGGGGAUAUCCACCCCAACACAGCCGAAAAUUGCAAAUACUUGCGCGCCUGUCUUGACGAAGCAAUGCGGCUCUGCCCGUCCGUCCCUUCCAGUAUUCCCCGGGUCGUUGGCGAGGGUGGAAUCCGCGUGAUGGACGAAGACCUCCCGAGUGGGAUGUGGGUUUCGGUUCCGCACUUCACCAUCUUCCGCAACCCAAAGUACUUCCGCCAGCCGCAUGAAUACAUCCCGGAGCGCUGGAUUGCCGACGAGGACACAGGGUAUAGUGCCGAGGAUGUGAAGGUUGCACAGGCUGCCUUCCAGCCCUUCUCGUUAGGGCCGCGACAUUGUAUCGCGCGCAAUCUGGCCCUUCGUGAGAUUACAUUUACCCUAGCGCGCAUUUUCUACUUGUAUGAAGUGCAGCCGGUGAAGAACAGUGGGAGGUGGAUGGGAUCUCUUCCUGGCAUUGAUGGGCAGAAUAGCCAUCUCAUUCAGGAACAGUGGGAUGUUUUCACUUCGCUCGAGAAGGGACCGAUCGUGAAGAUCAAAAUGAAGGAGGGUGUUGAGUUGCUUCUUUAG